ACGAGACGCAACUGAAGCUACUCUCGGCUGCCGAAAGCCUUCCACGUCUCCGAAGCGGAGCCCUUGGCCUGGCUGGGCAGGUCUCGGCACUAGGAGCUGAACGUGAGCCUGUAGCCCAAGCGCAAGUCCCCUUCUCCGUCAUCAUCCUCAUCGCCGUCUUCUUCGUCUUGUUGGCAACUAUCCUGGUGGUAGUCCUAGUUCUACUAUGUCUCGAGCGAGCCAAGUACCACGAGGAAAAACAGCUGAUCGAGGACCACAAGGCUUUGAAUACAGCCUUGGCCCAGCCACAACCGAGGGUCGGAACCCUGCGGCUGCUUUUCGAUGGGAUGUAUGAACGUGGCGACAGUAAGGCGCCAGAGUACUCAAUCCAAGAGGUGAAGGUCGACGUCGCCGCGGAGAAGGAGCCAUACGGAAUAAUCGGAGAUGACGAUGCCUAUGGAGUCGUUGACAAGAAAAAUGCUCGCGCUUCCAAGCCUAAAAGCUCAAACCCAGACUAUUCCACCGUAUACGGUGAACUA